AUGACUGCCGGAGUCAAGUUCGUGGCGCUUGCCGCCCUGCUCUCCGCUGCUCCAGCGUGGGGAUGCUUUCUGGACCACACGGACUACCAGGGUGCUGACUUGGAUCGUUUGCUGGGGAAGGUGAUGACCGCAGCUCAGUGCCAGAGUGCGUGCCAGGGGAUCCAAGAUUGCACGCACUGGACAUACCAGCCGACCACAAACUCUUGCUACAUGAAGAGCGGCUCACCUGUCCCGUCCCCGGCUGAAGGCCUCAUUUCAGGUCCACGUAUCUGCCCGGGACCAGUGGACUGUUCGCAAGCAGGCAUUGACCUCUUCGGAGAUGAUAUCAUCAAUACAGAGGUCGCGAAUGCACUUGCAUGUCAGUAUCAGUGCGUAGCGGUCAAUGGCUGUAUGUUCUGGACCUUUAUUUCUAGCACCAGGAGGUGCUAUAUGAAAGGUGCAAAUGUCGAUCCACAGCCACAUAAGGAGGCUAUUUCUGGACCAAGGGAGUGCCCCACAACGGAGCCCAUAAGCUGCGAGAUGUCCACAGACUUCCAGGGCCACGAUAUCAGAGGCUUCCACGGAACGGUCAAGGACGUAGCUGCCUGCCAGGAGCUCUGCAAAGGAUUCAACAAUUGUUUCUACUGGACGUUUGUGCAAAGCACAGCCUCGUGCUACCUGAAGAGCCAGAGCGCCGCCGAAGGGAGAGAGUACAACCCUCAAGCCUUUUCUGGAACACGCAACUGCGAUCUUUCCACACACCCAGUCUCUCCGUUGCCUACCACCACCACAACAGCACCCCCAAGCUCCUGCCUGUUGGAGAACUACGAUUAUCCAGGAUCGGAUAUCACCUCGUUCGGGCUCGGCUCCGUUACCAAGCCCGAAGCCUGCCAGCUCCUGUGCCAGUACUCCGAGGAGUGCGCGCACUUCACCUUCUUCGAGGGCACUUGCUACUUCAAAAGUGAAGCAGCUCCUCAGGCGAUCACCCCCAAGGUUGGGGCCAUCUCAGGACCUAAAUACUGCACCGUCCACGACACCACUACCACCACUACCACAACCACAACUACCACAACCACGACUACCACAACCACGACUACCACCCCUGUCGAAACAACCACAACGGCGCCAGCCGAGAGAUUGCUACGGUUUCUGAGGUCCUCAGGUUCCUCCUAA